UCCCCCCUUUCUCCCCCUCCUCCCCUCCCACGCAUUCCGGGGGGGGGGGGGGGGGGCGGAAGCGCGGCGGCGUCUUGGCGCUGCCGGCUGAGCCAAGAGCACAUGCGCCUUGCGCGCCGCCCGGCCCGAGGGAGGGGGAGCGCCCCUUCCCCUCGCCCGCCUUAAAGCGCCCCCCGAGCGCAGCCGCCCGCCGGGCCCCGCCGUGGCGCUCCGACCGCAGCCGUCCCGCCGCCCCCGCGCCCCGCGAGCCUCGCCCUGCCCGCGCCCACCGCCGCCGCCGCCGCCAUGCCCAAGAAGAAGCCGGGGCCCAUUCAGCUGACCCCCGCGCCCGACGGCUCCGCCAUCAACGGCACCACCGCCGCCGAGACUAAUUUGGAAGCCCUGCAGAAAAAAUUGGAGGAGUUGGAACUGGAUGAGCAGCAGCGGAAACGGCUGGAGGCCUUUUUAACCCAGAAGCAAAAAGUAGGAGAACUGAAGGACGAUGACUUCGAGAAGAUCAGCGAACUGGGUGCAGGCAAUGGUGGCGUGGUCUUCAAAGUCUCACACAAGCCUUCUGGACUCAUCAUGGCCAGGAAGUUGAUUCAUCUGGAGAUCAAGCCGGCAAUUCGCAACCAGAUCAUUCGGGAGCUCCAAGUCCUGCACGAAUGCAACUCUCCCUACAUUGUGGGGUUUUACGGGGCCUUUUACAGUGACGGCGAGAUCAGUAUCUGCAUGGAGCACAUGGAUGGCGGAUCCUUGGAUCAAGUCUUGAAGAAGGCUGGCAGAAUUCCCGAGAAGAUUCUCGGCAAAGUCAGCAUUGCGGUUAUAAAAGGCCUAACGUAUUUGAGAGAAAAGCAUAAGAUCAUGCACAGAGAUGUGAAGCCCUCAAACAUCUUGGUAAACUCAAGAGGAGAAAUCAAACUCUGCGAUUUUGGGGUCAGCGGACAACUGAUUGAUUCCAUGGCCAACUCUUUUGUGGGCACGCGAUCUUACAUGUCGCCAGAGAGACUGCAAGGGACCCACUACUCGGUGCAGUCGGACAUCUGGAGCAUGGGGCUUUCCCUGGUCGAGAUGGCCAUCGGCAGGUACCCCAUCCCUCCGCCCGAUGGCAAGGAGCUGGAGCUGAUGUUCGGCUGUCCUGUCGGAGCCGACUAUCCCGUCUCAGAGACGUCUCCGCGGCAGAGAACGCCAGGCCGGCCCAUGAGCGCCUACAGUUCAGACAGCCGGCCACCUAUGGCCAUCUUUGAGCUCCUGGACUACAUUGUCAACGAGCCCCCUCCAAAGCUGCCAAGCAGAGUCUUCAGUCCAGAAUUCCAAGACUUUGUGAACAAAUGCUUGAUCAAGAAUCCGGCUGAGAGAGCAGAUCUAAAACAGCUUAUGGUCCACAUUUUCAUUAAAAGAUCGGAAGCGGAAGAGGUGGACUUCGCGGGCUGGCUGUGCUCCACCAUCGGCCUCAACCAGCCCAGCACUCCAACCCACGUCGGCGGACUCUGAGCCGCUCGCUGGCCACGGUACGAAGACUCCACCGGCUGCUGCUGCUGCUGCUAUGCAACUUCCAUUCCACGGGGGAGGCCGACUCGGAACUGCUCACUCCAGACCCAUUGACGCGCACCGGGGUUGGGGAGCAUGGCAUGUGGGGCAUUGGUGUCCCCAGCCACUUCCCGCUGUUUAGAGCCAUGCUGUUCUGGGGUAACCCUCCCUUCCCCCCCUUCCUUUUCCUGUCUACUCCAAAGUAUCCUGCUGUUCCCCCUCCACUGCCGUCCCGCUUCCGUGCUGCGCCUUCUCAGCUUUGUCGUGCCAAAUUCUUUUCCAGGUCGAAUCCCUUUUUGAGGCUUCGCGCGAUCAGCUGUUGUGUUUGAUUCUUAAUGACCAAAUGUGACCCUUCUGAGUCGCCAAUCUGCAAAAGUUGAAGUGAAUGAUGGGGAACCUUGCUGGGCCUGGUUGCUGUCCAAAGCCCUUUGCAGACUUUGUCCCGUGAGCCUUGUGUAUAUCCUGGUGGUCCCCUUUCUUUUCUCCGGCUUUUGCUUAGCCAGUCCUGGUCAGAACGGUUAGCGGGAGUUAGGGGGGGACUGCCUUUAGACGAGACGGUCCCCCAAAAAAUGGAUUUGAUGCCACUAAGCUGAGGUGGAAGUUAUGAAGAACCCUGGGUCCUGAACUGGUGGGAAACCAUUAGUGGGCUUCAGCCCGAGUAGCGGUUUUGUUUUGUUUUAUUUUGGCCUCCGCUCCUGGGUCAGUAUGAACACAACUGCUGAUGCAUUUAUUUAUUUGCCUUGUUGGAUAUUUUGGGCUGGCUUGGUGCAGUGUUUUUCAGCCUUCACCAUUUGGAAGAUGGGUGGGGAAUUCUGGGAGUUGAAAUCCACCCAUCUUCAAGUGGCCAAGGUUGAGACAGACACUGUCUUAGUGGCAUUCAUCUCCUCCAUCUGUUAAUUUGGUAUCUGUCUGUUGAGCAUGGGCCAUAGGAAAUUGUCUGGCAGAAUCAGUGCAUUUCUCUCUCUCUCUCUCUCUUUAUCUUUUAAAGGCAUCAAGAUUAUUUCCCUUCCAGGUUAUUAGAUAUCAUGAACUCUGUACAUCCGUUGUGUUGGAAACUUCUUUUAAUCAUUUUACUCUUCAGAUGUUGAGCAACUGCAUCUUACAUUGAAUAAAUGUCACACAAAAUCA